AUGAUAUUAUAUUUGAAUUAUUCUUUUGCUUUUACGAAACAAACAUCGCCUAGAAAAAAUUGGAAGGAAUUCUUCUUGCCUCAACAUGAACAAAAUAAGUGCACCUCAAUUCAAGAAUGCCAAAACUCGUUGAAAUGUAAAGGCGAAAAAGUAUUUGUUUCGAAGCCGAAAGAAAAGAAAACGCGAGAAGAAAAAGUCGGUGAUAAUAAGCCUCCAAUAGAUAAUUUUGAUGAAUGGACGAAGAAGCGAAGGGACGCGGUGGCGAAUCAAAACCAUGUGCUUUUAAAAGAUGACAAAGAGGCGGCGAAAAAUGGGAUUCGACGCGUUGAAAUUCCCGAAGUCCAACCGUUGUCAAGCCCAAAUCGAAAUUUCGCUAGUAAAGAAUGCGGUGCGAAAGUGAUCGCGGCGAAUUCUGAAGCGGAAAAUGCGAAAGCCGUUGUGAACGAUAAAGAUUUGGACGACUACAUGCGCAACCCUUGCGAUCAGGCCAAAGAAAAAUUCAUUGUCAUUGAGCUUUGUGAGCCAAUAUUGGUGAAAAAGCUCGCAAUCGGCAAUUUCGAGCUUUUUGCGUCUCGUCCAAAACAGAUUUCCGUAUAUAUCUCCGAACGAUAUCCACCAUUGGCUAGUUGGACUUUUCUAGGAAAAUUUCAGCUUCAGGACUAUCACAAAAAACUUCAAACGUUCGAGGUUCCCGAAAUUAAAUUAUACGCAAAAUUCAUAAGAAUUGACUUCGAAAAACAUUACGGGAAAGAGCAUUAUUGCGUCGUUUCGGUUGUGAAUGUGAUUGGUACAACUCUAGCAGAUGAAUAUGAAAAAGAGGAAGCCGCUGCUCAGAUAUUGAAUUCUUUGAAUGGGGAGCCUCGAAAGGAUGUCGUUGGAAGCACGGAACUUGUUACUAAUACUCCAAUAAUCGAGUCAAAAAUGCAAACGCAACUACCAAUUCCUCCAAAAAAGGCGCCACUGAACACUUAUCAAUUGAGUUAUAAUUCAUUCAUGAAUAAUUGCCGACAAUGCUCGAAUUCUCCAGCAAACGUCACUUAUUAUAUUUGUUGGCUGUUCGAACCUGUGAAUUUCGAAUCUGUCAAGGGAACUUCGGUGUUCAGCGUUCCGUUCACAAAAUUCGGAAUUUCGCCAUCCAUGUCGAAACAGGCCACUUUUGAUCAGUCUCGCCGGCGGAAUAUCGCCAGCAUUCAAAAUUACUUCUCGAAAUUGAAUGGAAAAGGAGUGAGUCGACGCGCGGCGAAUGAUUCAAUUGUGAAUCCGACGAAAGAGAAUCCGGAUGAAAAAACGCCGAGUUCGAUGAAGCCGACACACGAGAAUGUGGAGAGUGAUAGCAAAAAAGAAGCGGUGAAGAUUGUUCCGAUUGAUCCGAUCAAUGCGACACCGCACGGCCGAAUCGACGACAAAAUCGUGCCGGCCGGCGGCUCAUCCAAUCAACGCGAAAUGGUUUUGAUAAAGCUUAGUAAGCGAAUCGCCGCUGUUGAAAUGAAUUUGACGCUGUCGACGGAAUAUCUCAGCGAGCUGAGCAAACAAUAUGUCUCACAAAUGAGCGGCUAUCGGCAAGAGCUCGAAGAAACUCGGCGAUUUGCGAAAACGAUUGCCGACCAUACUGCAAUGAUGAUGCGAAGCAAAAUCAACGCGCUUCGACGCGAGGUUUCUCAAGUGCGAAACUUGGUUUCUCAAUUGGAACGAGUUGAGAAGAAGCUGAACCAUGAAAUCCAUUUGCAAAGGAUACUUGCCCCUUCAUGUCAUAUACCCCCAUCAUUCUUCACUAAUAAAAGGAUGUCUUCAAUGCCGCCUCUUAUAGAGCACAUUGAAGCGAAUAAUCCCGCGGAAAAUGUGAUAAAAUCCUUCUUACAAAAUUUUUACAAUUAUUUAUCAUCACUUCAGGUUGAUAACUUCACUUAUACACUACUAGCUUCAAAUAUAUUGACAAUAUUGAUAUUGAAUUGCUGGUUCAAUCAAAAGUUGAGUAAAUGCUAUCGAACUAUUGAGGAGACGCUGAAAUUGGAAUUGGUCGAGCAGUGCUCUAAAUUGACGAGAAUGAAUCGAAAGUUGAUUGCGCGACGAAUGCGAAAAGCUGAACUAUCGGUGACCGUUGCGUUGAGUUCAUCGAUGAAAGCGAAGAAGCGCGCAUCGAAUAGUCGAAACUCGGUGGCGCGAUUUGAAGUUGCUCUGAAGAAGCUGCUCAAUAAUCAAGAGGCGAAAAUCGCCGAGCAACUCGAAGCGAACUCGAAAUUAUUGGCAAAAGUGCUACUAGCAAAUGAAGGCGUUAAAGAGACGAGGGAUCAUUUGAAAUCAGUAGUCGAUGGUUGA